AUGGGUUCUCUUCCGGAACGAACGAACGGGAUCCGAAUCUCAAUUGACAGGGGAGGUACCUUUACUGACUGCGUCGCUACCGUUCCCGGUCGCGACGAUAUUUUAAUCAAGCUUCUUUCUGUGGAUCCCAACAACUAUCCCGAUGCUCCCGUGGAGGCAAUUCGUAGGGUGCUGGAACAGGCCACUGGCCGGUCCUAUCCCAGGGGAGAAAAGAUAUCUCUGAGGGGUGUUGAAUCCAUCAGAAUGGGUACAACGGUAGCCACAAAUGCACUGCUUGAACGAAAGGGCGAGCGCACCGUCUUCGUUGUUACCAAGGGAUUAAAGGACCUCCUUCAUAUUGGAAACCAGUCAAGACCAAAACUUUUUGACAUGGCAAUUAAUAAGCCCGAUACUUUGUAUUCCAAGGUCAUCGAGGUCGCUGAAAGAGUGACUCUGGAGUCAUGGACAGAGAGCAAGAAACCCACACCCAUCGAUAUUGCCUCAGACUCUGCAUUAGUGGAGGGUGUUACUGGUGAAGUAGUCAGAAUUCUUGAGCCCUUGGACCUGGAAUCCACCAAGCAGUCUCUUCAAGCUGCAUAUGAUGAAGGAUAUCGAUCUGUUGCCGUCUGCCUAAUGCACAGCUUCACCUUCCGCGACCACGAACUAGCCGUCGGCAAACUUGCCGAAGCCAUUGGAUUCACCCACGUUUCGCUCAGUGCGGAGCUAUCUCCUGUGGUCAAGAUCGUUCCCCGAGGCAACUCAUCAACAGCGGAUGCCUACUUGACCCCAGAGAUCAAACGCUAUAUCAGCGGGUUCGAGUCUGGUUUCGAAGAUCUUAGGACUAGUGGCUGUCGCUGCGAGUUCAUGCAGAGCGACGGCGGACUGGUUGAGUUUUCUAGUCUGUCUGGGCUGAGAUCUAUCCUCUCGGGACCUGCGGGUGGCGUUGUUGGAUAUGCCAGGACAUGCUACGACGAGAAGGACGGAACUCCAGUCAUCGGAUUUGACAUGGGCGGCACGAGUACAGAUGUUUCAAGGUAUACUGGACAGUUGGAACAGGUAUUUGAGACCACCACUGCCGGCGUCAUCGUCCAGAGUCCUCAAUUAGACAUCAACACCGUCGCUGCAGGUGGCGGAAGCAUCCUGACCUGGCAGAGUGGCAUGUUCAAGGUUGGACCCGAGAGCGCUUCUGCAAACCCAGGACCCGCAUGCUAUCGAAAGGGCGGUCCGUUGACCGUCACUGACGCCAACCUCAUCCUCGGACGGCUGCGUCCCGAGUUCUUCCCCCGGAUAUUUGGCCCAAAUGAGGACUUACCACUUGAUAUCGAUGCCAGUCGUUGUUUAUUUGAGAGUAUGACUGCCGAGAUAAAUAAAGAGGUCACUGAGAAGCUAUCCGUGGAGGAGGUAGCCAUUGGAUUCCUCGACGUUGCGAAUGAAUCCAUGUGUCGGCCCAUUCGCACUCUUACCGAAGCCAAGGGAUACGAUGCUGGUCUUCACAAUCUCGCAUCCUUCGGCGGCGCCGGCGGACAGCACGCGUGUGAUAUUUCCACUGCGCUGGGGAUUUCGCGCAUCCUCAUCCACAAGUACUCAUCCGUUCUCUCGGCACACGGAAUGGCCCUUGCGGAUGUCGUUCAAGAAGAGCGUAGCCCAUCUGCGGCUACCUACUCCCCCGAGAACUUCGCCUUGUUCGCAGCCGAGCUGGAUAAGCUCCAAGACAACGCAAUCGAGGCUUUGCUGGCACAGCAGAUUCCCAAGUCGCGCAUUGUGUCGGAGCGGUAUCUCAACAUGCGGUACCAUGGAAGUGACACGGCGCUCAUGAUCCAAGACAAACCCGGAUCUGGAGGAUAUCUGGCCGAAUUUGAAAAGGCUCACCAGAGUCAAUUCGGCUUCUUGCCCACUGGGCGCGACGUCAUUGUAGAUGACUGCCGAGUACGAUCAAUUGGACAAAGUCCCACGGAUCCCACAACGCCGUGGCCUGUAGAGAUGGCAUCCUCCGAGGCUGUCUGGACCACCAAGGCUCAUAUGACCAAGGAUGUCUAUUUCAAGGGUUUGGGCUGGGGCAAGACUCCAAUCCGCGGCCCUGCUUUGAUCAUCGACGACAAGCAGACAAUCGUCAUCGUCCCGGAGGCCACAGCCACCAUCCUUUCAAACACAGUCGUCAUCGAUGUACAAGUUGGAAGCAAGGCAACCUUGUCCUCUAAACAAGCCAAUCCCAUCCAACUCUCCAUCUUCGGGCACCGGUUCAUGGGCGUGGCCGAACAGAUGGGCCGAGCCCUUCAGAAGACCAGCGUCAGCACCAACAUCAAAGAGCGACUGGACUUUUCCUGCACGGUGUUUUCUCCGGAUGGUGGACUUGUGGCAAAUGCACCUCAUGUUCCCGCAAUGAUUGGUAGUAUGGCGUUUGCUGUGAAGUGGCAGAUCCAGCACUGGGGAGACAAACUUCGUCCUGGCGAUGUGAUUCUUUCCAACGCUCCUGAUUGUGGCGGCACUCACUUGCCAGAUCUUACCGUGAUUACACCUGUGUUCAAUACUGAAGGAACCAAGAUUAUUUUCUGGACAGCAUCACGAGGCCAUCAUGCUGAUAUUGGUGGCAUUCUUCCUGGAUCAAUGCCUCCCAACUCGAAAGAGCUGUGGGAGGAAGGCGCAGUCAUCAAGGCCUUCAAAGUGAUUGAGGGAGGCGAGUUCAAGGAAAAGGAACUCACCGAGUUGCUUAUGGCACCUUCUAAAUCACCAGGAUGUCAAGGAACUCGCUGCUUGAAAGACAACAUCUCAGACAUCAAGGCCCAAGCUGCGGCGAACCACCGUGGUAGCCAGUUGAUCCAUGGCCUCAUCGAGGAUUAUGGCCUUGAGGUUGUGCAGUUUUAUAUGGAGGAGAUCCAAGGCGCGGCUGAACGAGCCGUUCGAGAUAUGCUCAGGACAAUCUACAAAUCGACAGAUGGCAAGCCUUUGGAGGCAGUUGACUACAUGGACGAUGGUACUCCCAUUCAGCUCCGAGUGAGUAUCGACGAGUCUUCCGGUGGGGCCAUCUUCGACUUUGAGGGCACGGGACCAGAGGCCUAUGGGAACUGGAACGCGCCAAUAGCAAUUUGCCACUCGGCAAUCAUUUUCGCACUUCGCUGCAUGGUUAGCAUGGACAUUCCUCUCAACCAAGGUGCCAUUCGGCCGAUCGACAUCCGCAUUCCCGAGGCAUCGCUACUUCAACCUUCAGAAGAUGCCGCGGUAUGCGCUGGCAAUGUUCUGACAUCUCAGCGCGUGGUAGAUGUCAUCUUCAAGGCAUUCAAGGCCGUGGCCGCCAGCCAAGGUUGUAUGAACAACCUGACGUUCGGUACUGACGACGAGGAGAACGGCUUUGGGUACUACGAGACCAUCUGCGGUGGUUCUGGCGGUGGUCCGACCUGGGAUGGAACCAGCGGCGUGCACACAAAUAUGACAAACACGCGCAUCACCGACCCCGAGGUCUUGGAGAGAAGAUACCCAGUCAUUCUCCGGAAGUUCUGUCUUCGAGAAGGCAGCGGAGGAGCCGGCGCCCACCCGGGUGGUGAUGGCAUCAUCCGCGAACUGGAAUUUUCAAUCCCGACUAAGGUGUCGAUCCUGAGCGAGCGCCGCACGUAUGCUCCUUAUGGUCUCGAAGGUGGCCAAGAUGGUGGAAAGGGCCAGAACCUCUGGGUGAAGAAGAGUGGACGAGUGAUUAACCUGGGAGGUAAGAACACGGCCAUGAUGGCAACCGGUGACCGAAUCGUCAUCAAGUCUCCUGGUGGCGGCGGAUGGGGCACUCCGGGGGCUUCAACUUCAUUCGGUGGAGGUGGUGAGGUAGAGACCAAGCAUCAGUUUGUGGGAAUUGCAAACGGCACAGUGGACAUGAUUCAGUCAAUGGGUGAGUCGGCUUGA